UAUAAAUCAAAUUUGAUUGUAUGUUAACUCAGAGUUCCUUUGCUUAUCCGUCGAAUUUAUUUAGUAUAGAAUUUUUCUUGAAUAUGGAACCCACAAUGAGACGAAGGUCUAUAUUAAAAUUUAAGAGAUAUAUAUUUAUGUUCUUUGCUGUCUUGUUAGCCAUUAUAUGGGUCAAUCACUAUGCUCAAAACUCAAAGAGAUCCAAGAAAGUGGACGUUGAGGAUCUUCCUGUGGUCAGACAUAAAAGCAGUGAGGAAGUGAUACCAACACCAAGGACCGAAUCUCCGCAGGAAAGACGCUUAAGGAUUUUUCGUGAGCGUCUCUUGGAAGACAAUGAUAGGGACAGGGUCACGGAAAAGACUUUGAGUGUGCAGUCUGAUGUACCUGAAGUAAAUGAUGAGGAUGAUGAUGAUGAUUUGAGCUCUUUGAGCGAAAUACAGCGCAAAAUGCGAAAAAGGAAACCGGCAACUCGUUUCUUUGUGUUGAAUUCCAAAUGCAGGAUGCCAUAUGUGGAUCCCUUCUCCAGCGAGGCAGUUGCGAUCUUAAGCCUGCGCUGUCGAUAAAUGCAGCAAGGAAGAACCCAUCUUUUCACUAAAAUUCGAUCAAAAGCUGUUGCGAUAUCGGUUGCAGGUAGAUAAAACAAUGAUUGCAAAGUUGAAACCAAAUCUACGCAAGUAUAGUUGCAAAUACAGAGAAGUCUCAAAUGACACGAAUACCCCCUGGAGGAUCUUCCAAGAUGAGGCCAUCAUUGACUGGACUCCCAGAGGCAUUGUUGCAGAGUGUCAUGUUGCUCUGACUAUCCCAAAAACUAUUCAAAAGGAUGCCUUCCCCCUGGUACAGGUGCCUUAUAGGAGCGCGCGGGUGGAGUCGGAUCCAUUGAAUAGAAAACCAAGUGUGUUAAUCCUGGGACUGGAUAGUAUUUCGCGGAUGAAUUUCAAGCGCAGUAUGCCAAAGACAGCCGAAUUUGUUAAGCAGGAAGGCUGGUACGAAAUGGAGGGAUACAACAAAAUGGGGGACAUUGCGUUCUCCAAUCUCUGCGCCAUUUUGGGUGGCUCCAAGUCGCAUAUAGUCUGCGAACAGCGAUUUCCUUUGAUAUGGAAAGCAUUCAAGGACGCUGGCUACACAACUGCCUUUGGGGAGGAUAGCGUAGAAUUAUCUGUUCCUCCGGGACUCCGCACUGACUAUCAACUCCGUACCCUAUUAGAGGACAUUGGUGAAUCCAUGGCUAGCGUCACUAGAUUUGGGAUGAAGUUCUGCCUGGGAAGACGCCUGAGCUUCUCUUAUUUGUAUGAUUUUUGCAUGCAAUUCGCGCAGCGAUUAAUCGAGGACCUUGAUCAGCCGGCAUUUGGGGUAUUUUGGAGUUCCACCUUUACCAACGACUAUCGUCAAGGUCCCACAAGUCUUGAUGAAAACUUGUGGAGUAUCUUCGGGUAAUGGGCGAGCACCGUGUGUUUGAGCGCUCAAUUGUGAUCCUGUUGAGUGACCAGGGUCAAAUGUCGGGUGAUUUGCUUGAUCUGGUUGAUGGAUAUCUCGAAGAAAGACUGCCAAUGCUGCACAUUUACCUGCCGCCUUGGUUCCGUGAAACCUAUCCGGAAUUCGCUAGCAACUUGCACAACAACCGGAAUCGCCUUACCUCACCCAUUGACCUUUACAAUACCCUUCGGCAUAUACUCAAUCUGAAGGCUUCAGUACCCAAGGAAAUGGUUUCUCUGAUGAAUUGCCGGAAUAGUCAUCCCUGUUGCAUUUGAUGCCCUUUAAUCGCAGCUGUGAGGAGGCCUGCAUCGGUCUCCAUUGGUGUGCCUGCAAUGAGUUCAGAGUACUACCCAACGACAUGAAUUCUUACCAUUUGGCCAAGACAUUCGUCUCCAAUAUCAACUAUUGGAUGCUCAAGAAUCGGUACAAUUUACACUGCCAGCGGUUGAAGCUUGCUGAUCUGGACUAUGUGGAGCACAUCCUGGAUAAGGUGGAGUCCCCAAAGAGGGGCAUAAUGGUCUUUCGCCUGCGGGUUCGCACAUAUCCCUUGAAUAGGAUCUUAACGUCCACCAUUCGCUUCAAUCUUGAGUUGGGUAAAAUGGUUGAUGUAACCUUAAGGAAGUUAGUAGUCUCAAUAACCAUAAUACAGGGGAGUGCGUGAAGGAUUGGACUGCCAAAAAGUUCUGCGUCUGUUAUCCCGAAAAGACGGACGAGGAAAUGGACUUUUGGAUAAAGUAUAAAUUAUAAUAUUAUGCAGAUAAAUUGGUUGGUGAUUCAAUUUAAAACCUAAUACUUUAGUUGCUUAUCCUGAAAUAAAAAGAUAGUAUUCAUGGUUAUAUGAA